AUGUCUUCAGGAGCUCCCGGCGACGACGCAUCUGUCACCAAUGGCGACGCUGCUCCCUCUGCCCCAGCAGCGCCCCCGCCUGCUCAGGUAGACCCGAAUGCCAAGAUCGUACAUGAUGUUGUCAAUUCAGAAAUCGGAGUCACGACCCUUCUUACUCGUCUCAAGCAGAGCAUAGCAUCGGCGAAGGAAUUUGCGCUGUUUCUCAAGAGACGAUCCACGUUGGAGGAGGAGCAUUCCAAUGGGCUCAAGAAGCUCUGCAGAGUGACAGCCGAGAGCAUUCGAAAGCCAGAGCAUCGGCAUGGCUCGCUCCUACACGCAUACGAAGAAGUAACGAUGAUACACGAGCGGAUGGCAGAUAAUGGGGCGCAAUUCGCCAUGUCUCUACAGAAGAUGCAAGAAGAUCUCCUCGAGAUGGUAGGGAACAUAGAACGGAGUCGGAAACAUUGGAAGGCUACGGGAUUGGCGGCUGAGCAGCGCGUGGCCGACACAGAAGCCGCCAUGAAGAAGUCGAAAGCCAAAUACGAUGCGCUUGCGGAGGACUACGACAGAGCCAGGACGGGAGACCGUCAGUCCGGCAAGAUCUUUGGGAUCAAGGGCCCGAAAUUCGCCGCACAGCAUGAGGAGGAUCUUCUGAAGAAGGUCCAGGCUGCAGAUGCGGACUAUGCCUCGAAGGUUCAGACCGCACAAAACCAGCGCGCAGAGCUGUGGUCGAAGCUGAGGCCCGAGACUGUAAGCGCAUUACAAGACCUGAUCAAAGAGUGUGAUUCUGCAUUGACGCUGCAGAUGCAGAAGUUUGCAUCAUUUAAUGAAAAGCUCUUGUUGAGCAACGGUCUGAAUAUCAGCCCUCUGAAAGGGAACGCGCAGGGAAACCAGACUCGAAGUCUUCGAGAGGCCGUACAUUCAAUAGAUAAUCCGAAAGAUCUCAGCAACUAUAUUGUCAGUUAUGAGAAGAGGGUACCUCCCCGAGCUUCAGAGAUCAGAUAUGAGCGCAAUCCGGUGCUGAACCCCACGCAGCCACCCAUUUCCGCUGCCCCGCCCCAACGGCAAUCAGAUCCUCCGGCGUCAUUUUCGUCUCGUCAGGGUCCCCCGCCAUCUUUUGGGACUACACCGUCUCCACAGCAGACGCACGCGAGUCAGUCGUUCAAUAGCCAGGGUCCUCCACCCGCUUCGCAACAUCACGAAAGAAGCUUCAGUAGUCAAGGCCAGCCGUUGCAACAAUAUAACAGUGGAUCGAUGGGGUCGAUGGGAUCAACGGCGAAAGAACCUCCUUCACAUGGCUCGUAUAAUACCGGUUCCAUUACUUCCAGCAGUCCACCACAGAUCUCAUCGCUCCCCUUCCAGACCUCCCCGACCCUUCAGCCAUCUUUCCCUCAGCAACAGGUUGCGCCCCCGACACAUUCGCAACCUCCUGCGACAUCAAAUGGAGUAGGCUAUCUGCCUCCUCCUUUGAAGCCUGUAUUUGGGAUUAGCCUAGAUCAACUGUUCGAAAGGGAUAGCUCCGCAGUUCCCAUGGUCGUUUACCAAUGUAUCCAAGCUGUAGACCUAUUCGGAUUAGAAGUUGAAGGCAUCUACCGCUUGUCCGGUACUGCAUCCCACAUCACUAAGAUCAGGGCCAUGUUCGACAACGAUGCAUCACAAGUAGAUUUUCGCAACCCGGAGAAUUUCUUUCACGACGUGAAUAGCGUUGCUGGACUUCUCAAGCAGUUCUUCCGCGAGCUCCCUGAUCCCCUCAUGACCAGGGAGCACUACGCUGGUUUCAUUGAAGCUGCAAAAAAUGAAGAUGACAUAGUCCGACGUGAUUCCCUCCACGCAAUCAUUAACAGUCUUCCCGAUCCAAACUAUGCGACGUUGCGUGCCCUCACACUCCACCUAAACCGUGUCCAGGAGAACUCGGCCGCAAACCGAAUGAAUGCAGCUAACCUGGCCAUAGUCUUUGGACCAACGCUGAUGGGCGCGAGCACCGGUCCUAAUAUCCAAGAUGCGGGGUGGCAGGUUCGGGUUAUUGAGACCAUCCUGAAUAACACCUACCAGAUAUUUGAUGAUGACUGA